AUGUUCCGCACGCGGGUGCCGCCUCUACCGGGUACCCACGACACAGCUGGGCAGUUCGUCGGAGGAGAUCCAUUUCUCGUCAGAUUUUUCAACAUCCAGGGUCAAAGACGCGAGAACCAACGUGACUCUCGCCGCGCGCUACGACCGAGCCUUUUUGCGAACUUUUGGGCUGAUUGUGUGCGCACACCGACGACUGGAAGCUUCGGCGACAACGGCACCAUCGGAGACCGGCGCAUCGGAGGCAAAACACACUUUUUGUCGUCAUCCACGCGGAGUUUACGGCGAUUCGGAACCCAGGCUUCCAAAAGAAAAAUUCCACAUACCACAACGAGCCAUAAGAAUCAACAAUCUGUGUCUAGGGGCUAUUGGCGUAAUCGUGCUAGCCAUCAAGAUGAUGCGACCAGCUUUCCAAUUGGCAACCCUACCGCGCCGUGCGAUACCGGCAGCGAGGCAAAAUGCAACAGAGGCACUGUGGAGGAAGCAAUUCACUGCACCAACGAGAAGAUUCAAGACAACAACCCCGCAAGCAACACAUCAAAGACCUGGCGCAUCGCAAACCCAAUUCCGCUGGUCGCAAAGUCAGACUUCAAGCUGGAUCACGUCUCGGCUCGAAACGAUCUUCAGGUCAUCACGCCGGACAUUCCGGUUCUCCGCCAGGCAGAGCAACUCGGCAGACGGUUGAAGAAGCUUUCGCGCGAAUAUGGGUGGUCGGCCGUUGGCGUGUAUUUGGCCUUGAGCGUUCUGGAUUUUCCUUUUUGUUUCCUGCUGGUGCGGAUCGUUGGAACCGACCGGAUUGGUCAACUGGAGCACUGGGUAGUGUCCCACGUUCAAAAAGUGAUCCCUGAUUCAGUCAAGACCUGGUGGACCGAAUACAGAGCCGCACUCAGCAAGGCCGAAACCGAGCAGCUGGGAAACAACGACAUCAGCGAUGCUGUUGAGAAGGCAACAUGGGGAGUCGAGGAAGCUCAGCGCGCCAACAAAGCGGAAGCCAGCUUGGGAACUCAGUUGGCUUUGGCAUAUGCAAUCCACAAAAGUUUCAUCUUCCUCAGAGUGCCUUUGACCGCCGCGGUUACGCCAAAGGUUGUCAAGGUGCUCAGAUCAUGGGGAUGGCAGAUCGGCAAACGGCGGAGCAAAUAA